AUGUGUAUAGCACGUAUUGCCAAAGCUGCAGCUCUGCCUCCAGUGCCUGCAAAGGAGCUGUUCCACCUGGAGACUCCUGAGCCUGAGCCCAUUGAAGAAACCACCAAAAAGCCUGCCAACAAGAAGAAGCAGAAGGCAGUGUGCAGCUAUGUGCCAGCAAACCCCAAAAAAUGUGAGCAGGAGGAUGACGAGGACUUGCCUGGGCCAUCAACAAAGUGGUCCCGCCUUCCGGAGGCCAAGAUUGAGCUGCCAGUUGCACCACUCCAGAUGGCAGAGCACAAGAUGCUGGAGCUCUGGAAGAGCCUGCAGACAGCUCAAAAAGUGGUGAACACUGCAACAGGCUGGGCAGAUCAAGUUCAGACUCUCCUGGGGAGGGCUCUGACUGAGUAA